GGGCUUCCGCGGGCUGAGAUGCUGCGGCGGCGCAGAAGCAGGUGUAGGCGCGUCUGCAUCCCCGGGCGCCGAGCAGUCGCGCCAGGACCACCAGCUUCCGCGGGGAGGACACACUGAGGCCUCUGCGGACACCCCAAGGACAAUGGCAGGUAUCAUUGCUGCCGGUGUGGCCGGAGCAGUGGCGGCUGUGGGGGCCGUGCCCGUGGUCCUGGGCGUCAUGGGCUUCACUGGGGCCGGCAUCGCCGCCUCAUCCCUGGCGGCCAGUAUGAUGUCCACUGCGGCUGUUGCCAACGGGGGCGGGGUGGCCGCCGGCAGCCUGGUGGCCACUCUGCAGUCAGUGGGGGCUGCAGGACUCUCCACCGCCUCCAACACUCUUUUGGGCUCUGUUGGGUCCGUUCUUGGGGCCUGGCUCUGGGGUUCAGAUGAGUGACUCCCUUCCACAGCACCAAGGUGACCCCUCGGUGACCUUCCACCUGGGACCUUAAAAAGUCUCCAGUGACAACCCCAGCACCUCCCCAUAUAUUGAAAGCAGUAGAAGAAUAAAGUGGAAAUGCUGGAACCUCC